UUUCAGAUUUCAAAUGCCAUCAUGUUCAAACACGAAGGAAGCCCACUCAUAAGAAAAAAAGCAGAGCCGUGGGUCCCGUGUCAAAACGGCUCGUAUUAGGCGCCAAGACCAUUCAAGAAGCGUCCUACAGGCUACAGUAGUAGGAGGAAACCAUUUGAAUAUUUAUGUAUUGAAUUAGAAUUGUCGGCCACACCCUUCACUCACUCACUCACUCGCUGUCCCUUUCUGGCAAAUCACUCGGCCAUGAAAAACUCUCGCAAAGCCAGCUUUUUCUCUUCCUCUUCCACCACUGUCACAUACACUUUCCAUAAUGACCACUCUACCCCUCCACCCCAUCCCAAUUCCACCGGAAUUCCCAUCCAGACCUCCUCGGAAACAGCCCAAAUCCCCAUCACCGUCCAUCUCCCCCAACAAACCGAUCCCAACGCCGCCACCAAAAUCCAAUCCGCCUACCGGGCCCACAUGGUCCGCACCCUGUACAAAAAAAUCUCAGCCGUCAACUCCGAGGCCGACCAACUACAGCGCCUAAUCCAACGGCAGGAAACGGUGGAUGCCGUUCGGAGCAACGACCGCGAGAAGCUGAGGAUGAACGAGGCCCUGAUGGGUUUGCUGCUGAGGCUGGACUCGGUGCCCGGGGUCGAUCCAACGGUUAGGGAGGCGAGGAGGAAGGUCAGCCGCCGGAUCGUGGCGUUGCAGGAGAUACUGGACGGGAUUUCCGAUGCCAAGUUGGGUGAUGAUUGUUGUUAUCCUUAUCAUACACCGUGGGGUUAUGGAUAUUAUGAUGGGUUUAUGAGGAAUUGGGACGACGUCGUUGCGGAGAUGGAGGAGGGGGUCUGUAGGGAACGAGGGGGUGACGAGUUGGAGAGGUUUUGUGCUCAGCAUCUGGGGUUUCGGUGCUUGCAGAGGUUUCUGCGUGAGCCCUGAUCUUGUGUGGUAUGGGUACAGCUUACCUUAUGUAUGUGUCCAAUUUGUCUUCUCGCUUCUGGAUGAUCUUGGAUGACCCAAAUUAUCAUUACUAUAAACCGUUGUUAAAAGAACCUUAAAAGCCGUACAAUCUAAGACUAUCCUUCGACAUAAUAAUAAGAAUAAUGUAAAUUAA